AUGCGCACCUCGCCGGGUGGGGCAGGGGCAGAGGACUGCAUUCUGGCUACGUUAGAAAAAAGGCCAGGGGCAACUCGGACUGAGAAGCAGCUUGAGAAGCGUAGUGCGAUUGUGAACAGCUGGGUUGGUGUCACUGCCAAGCGUGGAAGCCACCCUCACACCCACCGAGAGGAGGGGGCAAGUGACCUGCGCUGCCAGUUUCCUCCCUACACAGGAGACUGA